AUGACCAACCCAAUAUGCGCAGCGUACAACCAGCACACCGUCACCAAGCCGCCGCCGUGGAUCUCCGCCGCUGGAAAAUCCUCGGCACCCCAGGACCUCAGGUCCAAGCUCCGAACGGACCCGGACUCCGUCGCGUCUGCCGCCGGCGACUACGGUAACCUCAUCCGGGAGGAGCCCGCCGCCGUCCUCCGCCCUUCCUCCGCCGCCGACAUCGCCGACCUAGUCCGCCUCUCCAACGCCUGUCCGUCCCCGUUCCCCGUCGCCGCCAGGGGACGCGGCCACUCCGUCGCCGGCCAGGCGGCGGCCCCCGGCGGCGUGGUUGUCGACAUGUCCGCCCUGCGCGAGGACGCCGGCCUCGCCGCCGGAGGCGGCGUCCGGGUGUCGUGGAGCCCGUCGCUGGGGUACUUCGCCGACGCAGGCGGCGAGCAGCUGUGGAUCGACGUUCUUCGGGCCGGGCUCGAACACGGGCUCGCGCCGGUCUCGUGGACGGACUACCUCUACCUGACGGUCGGCGGCACGCUGUCCAACGCCGGAAUUAGCGGCCAGUCGUUCUCGCAGGGACCUCAGAUUAGCAACGUCCUUGAACUCGAUGUUAUUACCGGCAAAGGGGAUUUUGUGACAUGCUCGAAAAACGCGAAUUCAGAGCUUUUUUUCGCGGUUCUUGGCGGGUUGGGACAGUUCGGCAUCAUAACUCGUGCACGAAUCGUCUUGCAGAAAGCCCCAACUCGGGCAAAAUGGGUAAGAUUGAUGUAUAGUGACUUCUCAAAGUUCACUGAUGAUCAAGAGCAUCUCAUCUCAAUCAAUGGCGGACCUAACUACGUGGAGGGAUCGAUCAUAACCGAUCACAGCCCUCCGAAUAACUGGCGAUCGUCCUUCUAUUCGCCGUCCGAUCAAUCAAGAAUCUUUUCCUUGGUUCAGAAAAAUCGUGGCCUAAUUUACUCGUUAGAGCUCGUCAAAUACUAUGAUCAUGACAAUGCCAACACCAUCGAUCAGGAAAUCGAGUUUUUGCUGCAAGAUUUGAACUUUAUUCCCGGGUUUGUUUUCAAGAAAGAUGUCCCUCUAAUGGACUUUCUGAACAGAGUCGGGAUUUCGGAAAAUCAAAGGUCGGAAAAUAAGUCGGAGGCUCAUCCAUGGCUGAAUCUCUUCGUGCCGAGAUCACGUAUCAUGGAUUUUAACGAAGGCGUUUUCUUGAACAUCAUUUGUAGAAAUAACAAGACGUCUGGCCCCAUUCUCUUCUAUCCCUUUCACAAAAGAAAAUGGGACGAGAGGAUGUCUGCCGUGAUACCGGACGAGGAGAUAUUCUACACGCUCGGGCUUCUGUCGUCGUGCGGGCCCCACGAGGUCGAAGGCUUUCAAAAGCUCAACGAAGAGAUUAUAGAUUUUUGCGAAAAAUGCGACAUAAACAUCAAGCAAUACCUACCAAGUUACAGUUCCAAGGAAGACUGGAAGAAGCAUUUUGGGUCCAAAUGGGACAUUUUUCAGGAAAGAAAAGCAAAGUUCGACCCAAAUAUGAUAUUGUCUCCAGGACAGAGGAUUUUCAAUUCCUCAACUAUGGAAUAUGAUAUGUGA